AUGACGGAUUCGCUCUUGAUGGGAGCCUUUGCCGACGAGGAGCCGUACUACCCAGGUAGAUUCAGCGAUGAACGUGCUGAGGCGCACAAGGCCGCUACCGUGCCUCCUGCGCCGGCAGCACCGGCAGAGCCGACGCCACCACCGGAAGAGGCAAGAAUGGACCAGGACUCCAAGCAUGCGACAGCCGAGAACACCACGCUCAUUCUGCGCAAUGUCCCGAACAAUUAUAGCCGCGAGAUGUUCCUGGCCAUGCUGGACGAGCACGGCUUUGCGGGUCGCUACGACUUCGUCUACCUGCCCCGCGACUUCCAGCGCAAGGCCAACCUCGGCUACGCCUUCGUGAACCUGGUGGAUGGCGCGGCCGCGGACGCCUUGUGGCGGACCUUCGAUGGCUUCUCGGGCUGGGCCCUGCCCACGGCCAAGGUUUGCCAAAUGAGCUGGAGCGGCCUGCACCAGGGCUUCAAGGCGCAUGUGGAGCGCUACAGGAACAGUGCCGUGAUGCACAAGAAGGUCCCUGACGAGUACAAGCCUGUCAUCUUCGCGAACGGGGUUCGUAAGAACUUCCCACGACCAUCCAAGAAGGUCAAAGCUCACCCGCUACUGUACAGCCUGGACCGCAGCCUCUUCGAGGCCUUGGCCCGCUCGGCUGCGGCUAGCAAAGGAUUUUGGUUCUUGUGCAACAGGUCUUGCUGGCAAACUCUUGGCGAAGACAUCUUCAAGAUAGUGGAUCAGGACCUGGAGUCGUCAAGUACGGCCAUCAACGUUUGUCUAGCCCCCGUUGCCAUGUCCUGCCUGUCAUCUACCCCUACUUUGCUGGCUGUCCCCGAGUUGAAGCACGCAGACCGCCACAGUGAUGUGGAAAGCACCGUGGCGGGUGAGCACAGCGACAUUGAAACUGUCGAGGAUUCUUGCCCUUCCGAAGUCCCAUCGCCGCGCUCCAGUGGUACGGCUGACGUGUGCGAAGACGAGGAGGGCCCGUGCAACGUGGUUGUGAGGAGCACGUUCAUCGAUGUGGAUGAUGGCCGAAGCCUGAUGCAGCGCUACAGGCAGCUGCGCCGAGCAAUGACGGAUUCGCUCUUGACGGGAGCCGUUGCAGACGAGGAGCCGUACUAUCCAGGUAGAUUCAGCGAUGAGCGUGCUGAGGCGCAGGAGGCUGUUAGUGCACCUUCUGUUCCGGCAGCACCGGCAGAGCCAGCACCUCAGCCGGCAGCAGGGACGGGCCGGGACGCCAAGCAUGCAGGUGCCGAGCGCACCACCCUCAUGCUGCGGAAUGUGCCCAACAAUUAUAGCCGCGAGAUGUUCCUGGCCAUGCUGGACGAGCACGGUUUUGCCGGUCGCUACGACUUCGUCUACCUGCCCUGCGACUUCUACCGUCAGGCAAACCUCGGCUACGCCUUCGUGAACUUGGUGGAUGGCGUGGCCGUGGACGCCUUGUGGCGGACCUUCGAUGGCUUCUCGGGCUGGGCCCUGCCCACGGCCAAGGUUUGCCAAGUGAGCUGGAGUGGCCCUCACCAGGGCUUCAAGGAAGAAGCCCUGCGACAUGCUUCCGCGGCCAUUACGCGUCUUGGGUUGGAGGCUUCCCGCCAGGCUACUGCUACGUGGAAGCAGGCCUUUCAACAGUGGAAUCUUCGGGCCGUCAAGGCGGCCAAGAUUGUUUUGCGCCCUGCUCCUGCUGCGCUCCCUUCUACCGGUGAGGACCUUCGUGCUGAUUGGCUGCAUACCUUCAGGCCCGAGGCCCCCGCUGCGUCUCCUGACUUUGCAGCUGCAUGGCGUGGUUUGGCCGACGAGGCACGGCUCACUUCUGCUGUUUCCCUGCCUUUUGCUGUGUCUUACCAGGACUUCGUGUCCGCCGUGGCUCGGUCCAGCGGUGCGCCCGGUUUGGACGGUUGGACCGCUCGUGAAGUCAAGUGGUUGCUUGCGCACUACCCUCAACUCAUUCGUGAGCUUUACGAGAUCUUAUGUGUUGCCGUGGUGAGCCCUGAGUCCACAUCUCGGGAUGCUGAGGCUUGGAGCUGUUUCUUUUCUUGGCGCCUUGUUGGUGUGCCCAAGCGUGACGCUGACGCAGUGCGUCCUGUUGCCGUCGGUUCCGUCCUGUUACGUGCGUGGCAGCGCUCCCUGUUGGGCAUGUUUCCUGACCUGCCUCAUGGUCAAUGGGGCGGCCGGCCUCAUGUUGGAGUCAUUCAUGCCGUGCUAGACUGGUGGUCUCAUCCGAUCUCAUCCGGGUGCUGCGUCCGUGGCACACUCUUUUGGCCCGUGACUGCCCCGGCAUUGCUGCAUGGGCUUAUGUCGAUGACAGAUCCUUGCGGUGUACUCUCGGCCCUGCAAGGCUGCAAGCUGCCCUUGACGUUACUGCCCGUUGUGACCAAGCUUUGGGUCUGGUUGAGAACCUCCGGAAGCGCCAACUUUGGCAAGCUGCCGAGUCUGUUGAGCACCUUGGUUUACGCCUCUCGCCUGCGAACCUUGAGCCCCCUCACCUGCGUGCUGGAUGGG